AUGGAUUUCUUAUUUCUUCGACUGUGUUCUUUGAUGGUCGUGUCUGUCCUCGUUCAAAGGAUAGAGCCAAAUGAGAUACUGGGUCUGAAAAUACCCUUUGACCCCAUUCUCAAUGCCAAUACGGUGUGUCUGACCCUGCCUGGACUGAGUCGGCGGCAGCUGGAGGUGUGCAUGCGUUACCCGGACGUCACAGCCUCUGCCAUUCAAGGGAUCCAGAUCGCCAUCCAUGAGUGCCAGCAUCAGUUUCGCGGUCACAGGUGGAACUGCUCUAGUCUGGAGACCCGUAAUAAGAUUCCCUACGACAGUGUGGUUUUCAGCAGAGGUUUCAGGGAAAGCGCGUUUGCUUACGCCAUUGCGGCAGCAGGUGUGGUGCAUGCAGUGUCCAACGCCUGCUCCAUGGGGAAGCUGAAAGCAUGUGGCUGUGAUGAGAAGCGCCGUGGGGAUGAAGAGGCUUUCAGGGCCAAACUGAACCGCCUGCAGCUUGAGGCCAUCAACCGUGGCAAGGGCAUGGUCCACGGGGUGAUGGAGCACUUUCCCGCUGAUGCUUUGGGACCGCAGGACUCCUGGGAAUGGGGCGGCUGCAGCCCCAACGUGGAAUUCGGAGAGAAGUUCUCCCGGGAUUUCCUGGAUUCCCGAGAGACUUACCGGGAUAUUCACGCCAGGAUGAGGCUCCACAACAAUAAAGUCGGCCGGCAGGUUGUGGUCGACCACAUGAGGCGGAAAUGCAAAUGCCACGGAACUUCGGGAAGCUGCCAGCUGAAGACCUGCUGGCAGGUUACUCCAGAGUUUCGAAUGGUGGGAUCUCUGCUCAAGGAACGCUUUAAUUUGGCCACACUCAUCAAAGCCCACAACAGAAACACAGGCCAAGUGGAGCAUGCUCACCCCACGCAUAGACGGCGGGCCAACCUCAACGAUCUGGUUUACUUUGAGAAGUCUCCUGAUUUCUGUGAGAGGGACCCAGGAUCAGACUCGGCUGGAACACAAGGGCGGAUCUGUAACAAGACCAGUCCAGACAUGGACAACUGUGAGAGUCUAUGCUGUGGGCGAGGUCAUAACAUCUUACAGCAGACACGCAGCGAACGCUGCAACUGCAAGUUCCACUGGUGCUGUUACGUGGUCUGUGAGGAAUGCAGAAUAACAGAGUGGGUCAGCGUCUGCAAAUGA